UCCCGUCAGGCGCGCCGCGGGCAGCCCCGGCGAGGCCCCGCAGUUAAGCGCGGCCGCGGUGCCGCCCCUUUCCUUUCGGGCCGCGGCGCCAUUUUGUGGGCACACGGGGAGCCGCGCCGAGCCCCCAGCGCCCGUCAGUAAUCAGCCAAAAUGACGAACACAAAGGGAAAGAGGAGGGGAACACGUUAUAUGUUCUCAAGGCCGUUUCGCAAACAUGGAGUUGUUCCUCUGGCUACCUAUAUGCGCAUCUACAAGAAGGGCGAUAUAGUUGAUAUCAAGGGUAUGGGUACUGUACAAAAAGGUAUGCCCCACAAGUGUUACCAUGGCAAGACUGGAAGGGUAUAUAAUGUCACGCAGCACGCUGUGGGUGUUAUCGUUAACAAGAAGGUUAAGGGUAAGAUUCUUGCCAAGAGAAUUAAUGUGCGUAUUGAGCAUAUUAAACAUUCCAAGAGCAGAGACAGCUUUCUGCAGCGUGUGAAGGAGAAUGAGAAGAAGAAAAAGGAAGCAAAAGAAAAAGGCAUUUGGGUUCAACUGAAACGCCAGCCUGCUCCACCAAGGGAAGCGCACUUCGUGAGAACUAAUGGGAAGGAUCCAGAGCUGCUGGAGCCAAUUCCCUAUGAAUUCAUGGCAUAAUGAACAUUUUAAAAAGAUAAAUUAAAGAUCUGUUUUUGGACAAGUGUA